GCCGUUUGCUCCUGUUGAAGAGGAAUUCAGAUUUACUAUGGCAUUCGGUGGUAUCCUGAGUGAGGCUGACAUCUCUGCUGCCCUGCAGAACUGCCAAGCUGCUGACUCCUUCAACUUCAAAACUUUCUUUGCCCAGUCUGGUCUGAGCAGCAAGUCCGCAGAUGAUGUGAAAAACGUCUUUGCCAUCCUCGACCAGGACAGGAGCGGCUUCAUUGAGGAAGAGGAACUGAAGUUGUUCCUCCAGAACUUCAGCGCAAGUGCCAGGGCAUUGACUGAUGCUGAAACCAAGGCCUUCCUGGCAGCUGGUGACUCUGAUGGUGAUGGCAAAAUUGGAGUUGAAGAAUUCCAGUCUCUUGUCAAACCUUGAACAUGAAGACCACAAACUUUCAUGAAAGAUGAAGCUGCAGUAUUUUGGAUUUUCUUAGUUGAACUGAAAGAAGUGGAACCUGGUUUGGUGGAAUGCAAACACCUGGACAAGCAGAGGAAUCCAAGGGCUUUGUGCUGCAUAGAAGAAAUGUUGUCUUCUUUUUGUUCAGUACAUUAUGUCCCCAACAUGGGUCAGGAAACCAGCAAUUCAUCUAAGAGUUGCCUAAUUAACAUUAAUGAUUUUACAGUAUUUUUAAAAUAUUUAUAUUCCACUGGUCUCUGUUCAUAUCAAUAUGACUUUUGUAGAUCGACAAGUGUAGUUCAUCAUUCAAUAUGUAUUGGACUGAGGCAGCACCAUAAAAAACUCAAAGCUAUCAAUAAAACAUUUUUUUAAUCCA